UACUUUAUUUAGUGGUCUUCGUGGACUAGGUAUACCGUUCCUAUUAUUAUGUAAGUUAAUUAAAAAUAUUAAUCACUUAAUCAGUAAUUUUUCUUAAUUAUAAGUUAAUCUUGCUGAAUUUUUAACUGAUUUUAAAUCAUAAGAAUACCUGAUAUGAAUAUGUAUAAAUUUAUUUGAAGUACAUAAAAUAUAAUUAAGAAAAUAAAAUACACAUUGUUGCACAUUUUUAUCAAUUAAUAUUUGUUAUAAAAAAUAGUUUGCUUAAUCUUUAUCAAUUUGAGCUAAUUCUUGUUAAGAAAUAUUAAAUUGGUGUCUGAUGGGAGUGGAGGGGCGAGAUAAAAAGCACCAAGGAUGAUGUCAUUGAAAGCCCCACUCUCGUGCUAAAAAAUCAUAUGUUUUCCGGUGCACCACUGUCAAUAUUAUGGUGGAGCACUGUACGAGGAAAGUCACCGUCUACACGUUACAACAGUGACAACAAAGACACAGGCAGAAACUACAUUUUGCUGCUGAGGCUGAAAAAAUUUGACACCUAUUAAUGAAAGAAACAGCCCAAAUGACGACAAAGAUUGACUCACUGAAGGUAGACGAUAAAAUUAAGUAUCUCUUUGACUACGUCAAUGAUGAACAAGUGUUGGAAAUUGUCAAAGAAGCUCAAAAUGCAAUUACCAGCAAUAUUUACAGACCAGACGAAGAAUUUCCAAGUCCUGAUUUCUUCCAAGAAUUUGCUGGUAUCGUUUACAAGAAGAAAGAACAAAAUGAAAAAGACUGGCUCUUGCUCCUUUCCGCUGAGGGCAAAGUUGUAUUUAAAUUACUCGAAGGAUUUUACGCUCAGCUUUAUUUUAACAAAGAAAAGAGACAACUUUUGCUGGCCAUCAGAGGAAGCAAAACGGUCGGGAAUUGGUUCAGGACAGAUAUUGGAAAUGUCCUGCUGAAGUACGAUGGUGGCGAAAUAAACUCGGCUUUCACCUUUAGCGAAAGGGUGCGAAAACUGGUCGCCGAAUUCAAGUCACCUGUCCAGCUUUUCAUUACCGGCCACUCGUUGGGCGGAUACUUGGCCCAAAUGACCACAUACACGAUCAGACAUUUGCGAAUAAAUAAUAAUAUUGUGUGCAAAAAUUCAGAGUCUGAAAAUUUGAUAUACCCGCACACGGUAGUUUUUGACUCGCCACCUUGUUUCGACCGAAUCAAGAAAAUCGCCCAAGAAAAUCCCGUUACAAUAAAAUCACUUUGGUUGGACAUAACAAAUUUUGUGGUAGAUGGAAAUUUGAUUAAUUCAUUUUCCAAACUCGGUCCUCACCUCGGAAUGGUUAUUUCUUUGAAAGACAGCAACCAACUUGCAUCUCCUUCUCUCUGGUCGUUGAUUAAAAAUGUAGGCUUGCAUGGAAUUGCAAAUUUUAACGAUAUUAAAGGCAAGGAAAUGAGUCAGUUGAUUGACAUUUCCCGUGCCAAAGCUGUGAACUUUGACUCUAAACUUCUGCCCUGGUUUGCCUUUGAUGAAAGAGAAAUUGAAAGCAUAAAAACGGUUCCUUUUUUAACCUUGACUGAUCGGAAAUCAUUCGACGAACUUCCAAAAUUCAAUUUUGAAAACGGGAACAUUAGAAUGGAAUCUUCAAAUGCGUGUGAAUUUAUUCCGCGGCUUAGAAGUUUUUUGUUGCGCCACAGAGAAAAAUUUCAAACUGCGGUUGCCGAGGUGCAAAAUCACUUUGACUCUCUGAUGAAAGAGGCUUGGAAAUUGUUGUAUGAAGAAGUGGAAAAUAUCGACUUCAAAUUAAAUUCUGAUUUUGUAACACAAAUUGGGGGACGUCAUAUUCUCGGCUUGAAAAGAAUGGAGGAGAAAAUGAUUCUGGCCAAGCUGAUGCACAAUUCAAUUGAAAAGCUGUAUUUCAUCAAUCAAGAUAAAUUUUUGAAGAUUGAACAUCACCAAAGAGACAACUGGCUACGAUCUUUCAACGGUAUAUUAGUGAUAAUUUUGGAAGAAAAGGAGGAAAUAGUGCCAUUUGAAAGCUACAAUGCAAAAGUGGUGCUCAUUGGUGGCACCGCGGGUGAGGCUGAAGACGCAAUUUCUAUCAAGAAAAUUACUUGUGAAAAUCUUGACGAAAGAAGUCAGCAUUCUUUACUAACGCGAAAAAUUGACUUUUUUGGCAAUCAGAUUGAAAUAUCAAAAGUGUAUGAUUACCUCAUAAAUGACCUAUCGCUGGCAGACGCGCUGAAAUUUCCGCACGGAGGAAAUACAAAUUCAAAUUGGGAAACUGAGUUUUAUAUUGAACAAGACAUUUCAAAUAUAUUGGAAACUUAUCCUAAAAUCGACCAAUUUGCUAAAAAUUGCAUCCUAGAAUGCGAAAAGGGCGCCUUUCUUGUUUCCUCAAACGCCGGUAUGGGAAAAUCAACGUAUUUGCGAAUGCUCAGGAAGUGCUUGCAAAAAACUCUUCCUGACCAUUGGAUUGUCAGGCUGGAGCUCAACACGUGUCACAAUGAGUUUUACGAGAUAAAAAAGGGAAAAUCAAAAUUGGAAACUGCAAGAGAGGCAUUGGAAAUUUUGGCGAAAAAAAUUGAGCCGACUGAUUUAAUACGACAUGAGGUGUUGCAAGUGAAGCUCGCUUCGAAAAGGGCAUUCAUCCUGCUGGACGCUUUUGAUGAAGUGUGCCCUUACUACAGAGAGGAAGCAAAGAAAUUUUUAAAUAUGAUUCACUCAGCCGGGAUGAUAAUGAUCGUGACAACAAGACCUCAAGAAGAGCAGGAAAUUCUCGACUGCCUUUUAAAUAAAAAUGAUUGGAGUGUUUUCAAAUUGGAAUUUCUCUCAGAGGAAAAGCAAGUUGAAUAUUUGGUGGAGUACUGGAGCCAUAUUUAUGAAAGAAAUUUAAAUAAAGAUGACUUGAAUGGUACAAAUUUUAUUGUUCCACGACAAAAUCGGAAUUUCAAAACGGAGGCUGAAAGUAUUUUGGAAAAAUUAAGGCGGAAAUUUACUUCAAAAGAAGAUCUAUGGGGUAUACCGUUGCAGCUGAGGAUGGUGGCUGAGGCUUUUCCCGACGGAAAGCUGACCGAGGCCUUUGAGAGGCAUUCAGACCUGUUUAGUAUUUUCAUUGAACAGAGAAUUGCACUAGCCCUGAGGGAAAAGUUCAAAUACGAUUUGACUCAGGCAAAACAGCGAGGCGAUUUGGACGAAAAGGAGCGAAAAAUUAGAUUAAUUUUAUACAAACUGGCCAUCGCAAGCAUCUUCGAAGAGGGUCGGUGCUCCAAAGUUGACGAAUCGGAGGCCAGUGAAAUGAACACCUUGGGACUGGCAACUGUCACGCAAUCCUUGAGUGGUUACGAAGUUGCAUUUCUGCAUCGCACGUUUGCGGAAUAUUUGUGUGCCGAGAGUUUUGUUUUUAAAAUAUAUGACGUUCCCGGUGCUGAGCGCUUGACAGUGUCCAACAAAAACUGGGAGGAAGUUAUGCUGGGAGGAAACUUUUUAGCGAUAAGGCGCUUCAUGAACACGAUAAUAGCCCACUCAUCUCUCACGUCUUCAAAAAAACCUAAAUUAUUAUUAUCCGGACAAAAACUCAUGGCAAACUGUCAAUUUCUGUUGUCGGAUUUAGUAGAGGCAGAUCAACUUCAUCUGCUCACAAUGUUGUUCGAAUUAAAAAUGCCGUUCGACCUGAAUAACUCCCAUCGAUACAACCCUUUACUAAAUUUGCUCAAUGUUCAUAAACUUUUUGGAAAAGUGAACAACUCGCAAUACGACGACUUUCCUCUCUAUUGGGCGAUAAGAUUAGCAAGCGCUGAGCUAAUAAACUACCUAGUUAAUAAGGGCGCAGAAAUAAAAAACGUAGAUUGCACCUCGAAGCAACACCCUGUCCUGCAUUGGGCGGCAAAGAAAGGGGUGAAUAAACUCAUUAUUGACAACUUUGACCACAUGGGAAAAAUGAUAAACACGCCGGAUUUUAAUAGAAGGUUGCCAAUACAUUACGCUGUUAUGGAGGAGAAUUUGGAGCUAAUCCGUUUUUUAAUAUACAAAGGAUCCGACUGCAAUAUUGUUGGCUUUGACCGAAAGUCACCCCUCGUGCUGGCCAUUGAAACAGGAAAUCUGGAGUCGGUGAAACUCAUUUGCGAAACCAGUGGCAUCCAACUAAAUGUGAAAGGGCACAGAACCUUCACUCCUGUACAAACUGCAAUUUACUCUAGUAAUAUGGAAAUUUUUUCCUAUCUGCUCACUUUGGUUCCUAAACUGAAUUUAGAAGUGAAAAGUAAUCACGGCACCGCACUUGAUUUCGCGGUGGAACGAGGCGAAGAAGAAAUGGUCCACAUUCUGCACGAAAAAGGCGCAGACCCAAAAUCGUGUUUGCACGCGGCAGCUAAAAUGGGUCGUGAUAAACUAAUAAAUUAUUUUCUCCAAGAAAUUCAGUUACCCGUCGAUGGUGUUGACGAACUGGGUCGGACGCCACUUUAUUUGGCAGUGGAAAACGGUAACAUAGACGUUGUAAGGAUUUUGAUGGAAAAUAAUGCGAAUCCCAACGCCGAAUUGUCCUAUUACAUGACACCUUUGCAAUUAGCCGUGUCGUGUGCGGCGCCCAAGUUCGAAAUAGUUCGAUUGCUAGUCAGCUCGGACAGGCGCGAUUUUGAUAUUCAAGAUGAACAAGGGAUGACUGCGUUGCACUUGGCUUGCAUGGGAGGUCACGCGGACAUAAUGGGUCUGCUUAUCUCACAGGGGGCUGAUCCUGACGCGAGGGACAAGUUGGGAAACAGUGCACUUCAGUUGGCGGAAAGUUGUGGGCAUCACGAUGCGAUAAAAAUGAUUCAAGGUGUUUUGAAUGUGCAUAGAAAUCGCCUAUUUUGAGACAUUGAUGAUCUAUGUAAAUAUUUUUAUAUUUUUUUAAAUUAAUUUAUUUUUUAUUUUGUAUAUAUAUUAAAAUUUAAAAUAAAAUGACUUUAAAUAAAAAAAUUAUUUGCUUUUUAAUUUAUAUCGCUGAAAAUUUAAUCCAAAACAUUUUUAAGCUCAAACUUAUUUUCUAAAUUAUUUAAAAACCACAAAAUUUCUUCACUGAAUUCCACUUUGUCCCUCUCCUUGAUUGAUUUACGCACCUUCUCCAAUUUUUCAAAGUCCGCAUCAAUUGUUUUAUCCAACUCAUGUGGCCUUUGAUUUUCAAUAACCUAGAUUAUUAUUCCAUUUUCAAAUAAAAUUUUUGUUAUAUUUAAAUAAACUCACUUUUAGAUUAAAAGAAUGCACUUUGUGCACGUGCUUGCAAAUGGGAUGUUUGUCCGGACAGUCGCAAUUGUACAAAUGGCAGCAGAUAAAGCAAGAUCUGCAGUAGCCCUCGUUCACAUUGUAAAUGUCGUCCACGCCCCAAAAGGCGCAGGACGCGUUGUGACCUUCCACCAGGGCUUCGUCCUCCUCGAUGGCCCUCUCGACAGCGAAAACUGGCCCGCCGUCAUCAGUCGAGGCCACCAACCACUCGCCACGGGACACCUGAAUGACUUGUUCGUCGGUCAGGGUUAAACUUCUGAGGUGCCGCAGUUCAACGCCUAAUAAUAAAAUUUAUU